AACCUUACGGGGAGAGUCCUUAAAUGCUGCAGUUGGUGCAGUUGUGUAGCCUCCAUUACUGCAUCAACAAGUAGCCACCACCACCACACACAAAAAGACCAAGACCAAAAGAGAGAGAGAGAAAGAGAAAUAUAUUACAUACAUCACAUUACAAGGCUUUGAAAACCAUAUCUGGUGGUGGCAAAAGGGCGAUGAACUAUAGUGAGACAAAAUCUGUUGUGAAGCGGAAAGGCAAAGAAACAUUGUCUUUUACACAGUCCAAGAAUAACAACAUGUCAUCACAGCAUGACAGGAACAGAGCCAAACGCUACCCUCUUCUGUCGUUUUGGGAGCUUCCGGAUUACAUGAAGGACAAUGAAUAUAUUCUACGUUAUUACAGAGCCAAUUGGCCUCUCAAACAAGCUCUCUUCAGCCUCUUUCGUUGGCAUAAUGAAACUUUAAAUGUUUGGACGCAUUUAAUUGGGUUUUUUCUGUUUCUGGGAUUGACCCUGGCGAAUUUGAUGAAGCCUCAUGUGGUGGAUCUCUUAGGCCUAUUUACCAGGUCUUUUUCUUCAAGUGUUGAAAAAAAUGUUUCUCAUAACAUCAAAGAUCUGUUGCUGGGAACAGCGUUACUCUUUGAUUUAAAACAUCAAGUACCUUUGAAAAUGGAACUUGAAUCUACGGAGCUGGUUACAGCAAGGUGGCCAUUCUUUGUUUUCUUAGGUGGCUCUAUGUUCUGUCUCUUGUCUAGCAGCAUUUGUCACCUCUUUUCUUGUCACUCCUACAACUUAAACCUGUUUCUGUUGCGAAUAGACUAUGUUGGGAUAGCUGUCAUGAUCAUAACCUCAUUUUUCCCUCAGAUUUACUACAUUUUCCUAUGUCAACCACAUUGGCAACUCCUCUACCUUGUUGGGAUCACAGUCAUGGGACUAUUCACAAUUGCAACAUUGCUUUCCCCAACACUUUCAACUGGCAAAUACCGUGCAUUUCGUGCCAUGUUGUUCUGUUCAAUGGGACUUUUUGGUAUUGUGCCAGCAAUCCAUGCAUGCAUUGUGAAUUGGGGUAAUCCACGGCGCAAUGUGACCUUAGCAUUUGAAUGUACAAUGGCCUUAUCUUACUUGACAGGGACAUUAUUCUAUGUGACACGCAUACCAGAAAGGUGGAAGCCUGGUUGGUUUGACUUGGCAGGACAUAGUCAUCAGAUAUUUCAUGUUCUGGUUGUGAUUGGUGCAUUAGCACAUUAUGCAGCUACUCUUAAAAUGCUAGAUUGGCGUGACUCUUUUGGGUGUGACACGGUUCAAUGAUAUGUUAUAUGUAUCUUUCACACAACAUAAAAACAUUGGAUUUCGUUAUGGAAAUAUUUGUAUUGCAUUGGCGCAAGCUUUACCCCAUUCUUGGAUUUCAUUGUCUUAGAACUGAACUCAUUCAUCUAAAUAUUAAUUAAUAUCUGUCUUCUUUAUUUGUGAAUUUGUCAUUCAAUAU